AUGCCUACAUCAACGUCACUGUCAUCCGCAUCGACUUCAGCAGCAGCUGCAGGUAACUUGGACAACAAUGGCAAUCGCGUCAGUAGCAGCAGCGCGACUAUCUACCCCGCUCUCGCUUCUCGCAUGUCCCCACCGUACCUCACAAACGAGUCUGAGUGGUUAUCGGCUCUCACCUCUGCCGUGCAACGCAGCCUCGAAGGCGGUGUGGGGAGUCGCAGCAAUGGCAAUAACGGCGGCGCAUGGAGUCAAACACACCCAAAUCAGGGCACCCCCCAGGAUGUGGCGAUGCGUGCCGCCCGAGACACGGCGCCUCCCUUGGCGGAAUACCAGGCUGUAUAUCAGCAGUACUGCCUCCAUUGCACCAGUCUUGUCCCGGCGCCCCCUCCGGCCCGCUUAUAUCCGGCUCUCGGCGGCAGUAUUGGUGAUGGCGGCUGCGGCAACCUGAACAGUGGCGGCAGCAGUACUGCCAACAACAACAACAGCAACUUCUCCGUCGCCUCCUACGCGCCUCCUCCACCGCCGUCUCUGACACACUCACCCGCUGCUGCGCCAGGGGUGCGGCAGCAAAGAGUAACAACGCGGAGCUCAAUUAUGCCCGCCACUGCCGCGUCAUUUCCCAUCUCCUCUCUCCGAAACUCAGGCGUCGGUGAGCUGGUUGGGUCGAGUCCCGCUGGCGGUACUACUGCUGUUUGCUCGUCUUCCUUGCUUCCUACCAUGCCACCCCCUGCUGCGUCCAGAGGUGGAUGCUCCAUGGUCCCCCCGGCUGCUUCUUCAGCUCUCGUCGCUCCGUGCAUGGCGCCGUCACCGCUGACGUUACAGGACGUGAAGGCAGAGAUGCGACUCGUCGCCAAGCAGCUUCGCGAGGCGCAACACCACCGCGAUGACCUCGUGCUCCUCGAGGACGAAGAGCACGACCCCUCGGACGAGCUGCAACAGCUGGAUGUGCGCAUUGCAGAGCUCGAACAGCGGUUCGCCCGUUUCCGCGUCACCCAAGCGACGCUGCUGAACAGGCCCACCUCCACCUCGACGCCGUCCUCCCUCUCCUCCAUGCCGUCCUCGCUCGUGCAGUUACCGCGCAGCCCAUCGGUGAUUGGGCUCGGCUGUGCGAACUACAGCAGCGCGUACGGCCCAGGUAUCGGCAGCAGCACUGGAGCUAUGGGCUACCCCGGCGGCAGCGAGCAGCGAGACCCACUGAUGCAGAGCACUAUACCGUUGCCUUGGCCCGCUGCGCCGUCAAGCGGCACCGCUACACCAGCAGGUGCUGCGGGUGCACCACCACAUGGUGGCUGGCUCACCACCAUGACCGAGCACAGCGUAAACCACAGCGGCAUCGGUGACUGUUCCCCGGCACUGACGGGUCAGUGGGACACCAGCGUCAACGGUGGCUCGCCGAGCUUCAGCAGUGCCGAGUACUCGAUUCCCUCAGCUCGAAAAGGCUUCUCGUGGGAGGUUUACGAGCAGCAGAUGGACCCGGAGGCGCUGUCGCGCGAUGCCCUGUCUCGCACCGCGCAUGUCGAGCUCCCCAUCAACCCCACGCACCAGUAUGGAGGCGAGCGCUUCCCGUGGUCGACGGAGCUUCGGCGCAUGAUGCGCGAGGUGUUCGGCUUGCACGACUACCGCUUCUGUCAGCUCGAGAUCAUGAACGCGUGCAUGGACGGCCGCGAUGUUUUUGUGCUACUGCCGACCGGUGGCGGCAAGUCUUUGUGCUACCAACUUCCUGCGCUGAUGCCCAACCCGGCCCAGGUCACCGUAGUCGUGUCGCCGCUCAUCUCGCUUAUUCAAGAUCAGGUGUACGCGCUGAUCGCAAAUGACAUCCCCGCCAUGGCCCUCACCGGGCAGACCAACGACGCUGCUCGCCGCAGCCUCUUCCAGGAAUGGGCCUCCGGCCACGUCGUGCACACGCUCGUGUACGUGACGCCGGAGUACUUUGGUCGCAGCGACCACUUUGUUGGCACGUUGCAGGGGCUCACCGAUAAGGGGUUGCUCUGCCGCUUUGUGAUUGACGAGGCGCACUGCGUGUCACAGUGGGGCCACGACUUCCGGCCAGAUUACCGUAAGCUCUCAGUGUUGAAGCGGCAGUUUCCACGGACGCCCAUCACGGCGCUGACCGCCACAGCGACGGAUGUCGUGCAGCAGGAUGUGAUCAAGACUCUUGCCCUUCGCAACGCCAUCAUCUUCAAGGGCUCCUUCAACCGAGCCAAUCUCAAGUACUCGGUGCAGCACGUGCGAGGCAAGCAGGUGGUCUCGGUUGUUGAGGACCUCAUACUGCACCGAUUCUCGCCGUCGUGGUGCGGCAUCGUGUACUGCCUGUCGCGCAAGGACUGCGAGGAGAUGGCGGCGGCACUCGUACGCAGGGGCAUCAAGGCCUCCUACUACCACUCCGAGGCGGCGUCGAAGAACGAGCGGCAGGAGCGAUGGACACGUGAUGAGCUGCAAGUGAUUUGCGCCACGAUUGCCUUUGGGAUGGGCAUCAACAAGCCAGAUGUCCGCUACGUCGUGCACGCGGCUAUGCCAAAGUCCAUCGAGGGGUACUACCAGGAAAGCGGCCGCGCCGGACGUGAUGGUUUGCCGUCGGAGUGCGUGCUGCUGAGCACCACCACGGAUCGCCAGCGCCAGGAGAGGCUGAUUCACGGCUCGAAGGACUGGCGCGCGUCGCUCACAUCGCUGCAUCGUAUGCUGGCAUACACCCUCAACGACGUCGACUGUCGCCGGCGUCAGCAGCUGCAUCACUUUGGUGAGCAGGUUGACGUCCAUUUCUGCCUUACACAGCGUGCCGCCGCUGGCGGCGGUGCGGUGCCCGCGCUGCCACCGACGUCGGUCGCAUCAGCGUCUGCCGUCACACAGCUGUGUGACAACUGUGCCAGCAAGCUGGCAGAGGGCUGGACAGUGAAGGAGGUGAAUGUGAGCAACAUUCUGCUUGACCUGUACGCCAUCGUCCUGCGCCUCGGCGCAAUGACGUCGAAGCAGCUGAUUGGCGUUUACCGCGGCUCUGUCUCGGAUAUGGGGCGCGCGGUGGAGAUGCGCAUGCGCGUGAAGGGAACGCCGGCGGAGUACAAGGGCGGCGCCAAGCAGUCCAAGGUACUCCUAGAACGCACGCUGCUGGAGGGGAUGCAGCUUGGACUGUUCGAGGAGCGGCUGGACAGCAUCAAUGACUUCGCCGUCUGCGCCUUUGUGGAGCUUGGCGGAACCCCAACAGCACAGCAGCUCCACUGUGACAUCAAGGCUGAACACCGGGUCGUAACGGUGCGUCUGCGAGGAGAGAAGACUCGCAGCGACAGAGGAGACGCCAUCUUCGACGCAGUGUCUGCAGCGCCGGAGACUUUUUCCCCCGGUAGGAUUGCUGCAGUUGCUACCACUGCCGCUCUGGCCGUCGAAGGCGGCGGCAAGCGGCGUGAUGCUGUGGUCAGUGCUGUUUCUGGCGCCAUCUCCAGGGACGACCUUCCCCUCUUCGAGCUGUUUGACGGUACCCGAAGACAGGCAGCCGUGGGCGAUGGCAGCGGCACACGAGGUUUAUUGGCUGCGCAAGACGCGAAGAAGCGCAAGCCGAAACCACUGAAGGGGCGCCGUGGCGGCGGGUACGUACUGGACGAGGCAGACGGCAGCACCGAUGGCGACGAAGGUGUGAUCUCAUCCAUCGAGGAAGACUCUGCAUUAUCGAACAGCAUGGCGUCCUUCAUCAACGACGAAAGCAGCAGCAGCGGCGUUGCCACCCCAUUCAACAUCUCCAGUGCGACGACGCCGCAGCGCGAUGGGGCCGGGGCAGCAUUAGCCGAUGCUGGACGCCGGCAGCGCACGCUAUCGAGUGGAGGGUCGCAGGACGGCGUCAUCUCGACGCUGUCGGAGGACACACAAGCCCAGGCGCAAGUGCAUCAGCCGCCGCGGAAGCGCACUCGCGGUGACGCGGUCGACCAGCGAGCGGUCCUGGCUCAGAGAGGCUUAAGGAGCGCUGUUACAGCCGCGACUCCGGCGUCGACUGUUCCUGCGGCGCGGCUGGAGCGCCUGAAGGUGCUUCUGCAGGAGGAGAUGGAUCGGCUCGUGCAGACCCUCGUGAGCCAGGCGGUGGGGUGUCGCAGCUACAACGUGAUGCCCAAGAGCACGAUUCUGCGGCUGACCGAGACGCUCGCUAUUCCAGGCUGGGGCAGCGUUGCCGACCUCAUUGACCUGGAGGGGAUGGGCAAGAGCAAGGUGAAGCGGUACGGGGCUGACAUUCUGCGGGUGUACCGUCAUUUCCGCUACAUCCACAUUGGCGAUGUCGAGGAGUUGUCAGAAGCGGAGUCAGCGGAGGUGAAGGACAUGAAGACGGUGGUGCGGCCGCGCAAUCGCCUCGGCCGCGCAAACGCCUCCGCUGGUGAGUUGAUCGUUGAUAAUGACGGGGAGGGGGGGUGCAGUGGUGAUGGCGACCGACUUCCAAGCACAGCCACGCCUGGAUUUGUAGGUGGAAUGUCCAUCGAGGCGGCAUCGACAAACGCCCUUGCAACCUAUCAGCCAGCACAGCGCCCGAUGCUGCUGGAUACAGCCACACCCGAGAAGGCGCGUGCAUCGAUCUCUUCGUCCGCCGGAACCCCAUCGCGCGACGGCGGCAGCGGUGUGAAGCUGCCAGGAACCGUCGGUGACCAGCAGCGACAGCGGCGCACCACGUUUACUUUUUCGUCGACGACGGCUGCCGCUCCCGCGGCGGUGCCCAUCAGCGUCAACGUUAGGCCAUCCUCCCCAUGGCUGUCUCUGCAGGGCCCAGUGGGGUGCGCAGGCGCACCGCCACUUCCACCGCAAGCAAAUGCCGCUGCCGCAGCGAACCGCAUUGCGGAUAUUUACGACCAACUCACGUGUGACCCAUCGGUCGCCAAUGCACAUGACAACACGAUUCUCACGGCUGCCUCCGCUGUAGCAGCCGCUCUACCGCCGCACGAGCCGCAUCCUCCCCCUACUCCUCCCAUGCCGCAGUUCUCCGUGCCUCUCUUUCCGGAACCGCCUGCGUGGCAGGCGCCGCCUUCCACUGUUGCUGUCGCUGCUGCUGGCGUAUCAUGGGGCACUCCAGCGCCGCCGCCGCCGCCUCCACCCCACAACAACAUCGCCGGUGGAAACGGCCAUCUGUUUUCUCCCAGCGCGUCCUCUACAUCUGCCUCGGUACUCCUGGCUGGCUCAGGGCUUCCCAUGGGCCAGCGACCGCGUCCACAAGUGCCUCAGCAGCCGUUCACGAUGAUGGCCCAGACGGUGUAUUCUCAUGCCUUGGCGUCCGGUGACCCUAGCCUGGCAGACACACUUCGAAGCGGUAGUCACGCUGGCGCUUCACACGCCACUGAUAACAGCGAACUGCUGAUUGGGAGCAGCCCUAUUCCUACGCAGCAACAUCAGCAACGCCACGCAUACUUCUUCAACGGUCAAAGCGUUCCUCAGGCUCUCAGUGGAGGCGGGGUAGAGACUGGUGAGGGGCAGAGGAGUAGUAACGGCGUGGUGCUGCUCGGCUCCGACGAGCUUACUCAGGCGCCCUCGAUACCGCGCCCGUCGACGGCGCUCGGUCUCGGCGACCUCUCCGCCAGCAGCCUUACUCACGGCAGUAGAGGAGCUGCAGCGGCGGCGACGGCGGGUCACGUGCGCGACGCACCGUCGCCAUCACGGCAGCCUGAGGCAAAGGACAUGCACAGCGUGGAUUACUUGAUGGGCCUAUGUAAUGACGCGCGGUUCCGCACGCCGCUGAGCGGGCGACUGUCUGACUUGGUAACUUGUGGCGCUGGAGGCCCCUCCCGAUCCGCGAUUCCGGCACCAACCCUCGACACCGUUUAUUCCAGUGGUGCGGCAACAGCGAACACCGGCCAUGCUGUGAGCCAUCCACUUCCCUACCACACAGCGAGAGGAAAGUCGCUCGGCAGUGGCUCGACGUUGUUCUCGCCUGGUGCUGAGACACCGAUCUCUUCCGCAGAAGGGCCAUUGUUUCAGUCCAGUACACCAGGGUCUGUCCCACAGCCGCAACUGCAGAAGCUGUAUCAGCAGCGGCAGUCGCAGCCGUCGAAACAAGAGGAUGGCGCGGCGGCGGGUGGUAAUAAUGGCGCUGACCGCGACGGGCAAGAGGUCUACACCAUCGAGGACGACUCGGAGUAG